AUGGCUCGCAAGGGGAGAAGGGGGGCAGGGCGGAGCGGUGGGGCAGAUGCCGAGGAGGAAACGGCAGCAGCGGUGCACCGCGUUUUAGCACGAUGCGACACAGCAGCAGCAGUAGAUGAGACCGCCGUGGCACUUCAUCAAGGCACCCGAGACAGAGGUUCUGGUGGGCGCGGUGUUGCUGCUGGAAGUGCGACCCCGGGGGGUGAUUGCGGUGGCAUGAGGGGGGAUGCUGCAAGGCGGCGUCUGGCCGGUCAGCAGGGCUACACGCGUUCGUUCAGCAGCAGCAGCAGCAGCAGCAGCAGCAGUAGCACUAAAGGCCGACCGUGGGAGGUGUGGGGGAAGGCCUGCUCGCUCGUUUGCCUGGGGCUGCUGAGCGACCAGGCAGCUUCGUUUCAGCCGGUGGUCCAGGCAACACCACAACAUCACCAGUCUUCUUGUAGGGAUGCGGUGCUGCGGAAUCAGCACGCGGCCUCGCCGAGUGGGGGUGACUGCGACGCGCCCCUCCUGCAGGGGAGCUUUGCGAGUCGCCCAGGUCGACAGGUACCUCCAUGUAACCCGACGUCAUUCUCUUUGUUUGCCGGAAGCGCAUGGGGGGGUAGAAGUUCCUCGGAGUCUCUCGCGGGCGCGCGGGAGGCACAUGCGUACGCUCAGGCGGCGGCCCCGCCGGUGGCUGAGGAGAGGGAUACGGACAGGUUCCUUGAUCUCGACAGGCCGGAGGAUAAGCCAAGCGUGUCGACCGUGGAGGACUUUCCGAGGAUCGUGGAAGCGCUGUCUUGCUACAAGAGGGUGCACGGGCACCUGAGGAUGAUCCCGGCGUUCAGGGUGCCGCCGAACGCGCCGUGGCCGGAGAGCCUUUGGGGGAUGGAGCUCGGGAGGAUGGUCCACAGGCUGCGGAACGAGCAGACUAUUUACGAAGCACAAUAUCCCGAACGGGUACAACUACUGCGUACCAUGGGCUUCGAGUGGGAGCACACGGCGGUGCCAGACGAGUGGGAACUCAUUAUCUUGGGGAUCGGGGUGUUCUUCGGCAUCCACGGGCAUUCGCGAGUACCCAUGAGGUUUGUCGUGCCGGCUGAAGAGCCCUGGCCGAUGGAGAUCUGGGGACACAAGCUGGGCUCGCGUAUCGCGCAGAUGAGGAUGACGGGGCGCUGGCUGGGGCAAGACGAGAAGACGACGGAAGAGAGACGGACCGUUCUUGAGCAGUACGGGUUCGAGUGGCGCCUUAGGGUGAAGGACGACGAGUACGAUGCUGAUGGCAACCCGGAGGAGUUCUCCAUUCUCUGCGAAGCGUUGAAGGUGUACCGGGAGCUGGGAGGGUCCGUGCCCAACAUGCCUCCGACGUGGGUGGUUCCCAACGCGGACCCUUGGCCAAUCAGAACACGGGGAUUUCCGUUAGGGGCCCAAGUGCGGAUCAUUCGGUCUCGACAGAAAUACGCCAAGGACAGCCAGGAGAAGACGGACACUUUGCUGGCUCUUGACGUGCCCAUCAACCCCAACAUCACCAACGAGAAGCUCGGGGGCCGGUGGGGUGGACCCACGGAGACUCGGUUCAACAAGCUGUGCAAGGCGCUGGAGACGUUCGUUAUGCUCUACGGUCACGCGCAAGUCCCGAACACGUUCGAGGUGCCGAGGGACCCGAGCUGGCCGGAGGAAACUUGGGACGUUAAGCUCGGGAGGAGUCUCGUCAACAUCGUUUCCAAGGGAACGUUCAUCAAGGGGUAUCCAGACCGGCAAGCCAGGCUUGAGGCGCUAGGAUUCGACACAGACCCAGGAGGGAUCAGGGGCUUCAAGGAGCUUGUGAAGAGCGGCAUGUCUGAGGCCGACGCCCUCGCGGAGAGCCAAGCCUCGUUAGACUUCGCCAGCGAACCAUCUGGGCUUGCGGCUACUGGCGGGGCUGGAUCAGAGGAAACGACCGAAAUCGACUCCCAGAUGCUGCUGGGCAACGUGGUGGACUCUUUGAGAACAGAGGGUGCGGAAGGCGGCGGCGGGGGGAGGGCUGGUCUGGCGCCGUCCCCGCCCCAGCUUGACGGAGAGGAGGUAGAAGAAGGUGAAUUCCUGGGGCAGCAGCCCCCGCCACCGCGGGCGAUCGCGCAACCGAACUGGAUGGACACGACCGAAGGCAAGGAUGGCGAUGAAGAUGCGGACGAGAAGAAGACCGUGGUGCCCUCUUUCAUGAAGACCGAGUUCACGGACGAAGACCGAAGGCUGGCGACGGACCAGACGGACCUGAGGUACUGGCCGAACGACACGCAGGCUCACGUGGUGCGGAAGAUGAUUCCUCAGCUGGGCUACCUUGCCCGCGGCUACGAUGAGCCGGCGACGCUGGACGGGCCGAUCGGUACCAACAUGGUGACGUUGCCCGGCGUGCUCACGCCUCUGCAGUGGGACCCCAAGAGGAAAAAAGAGCCUGAGGAGUACGGGGGGUACAUGGAGAGGGACGACGACGAGUUCCUCGGUGAAGAGGAGGACGAAGUCGAGAGCGACGGCAUGAUCGACAGGCAGAAGGGGCGGCGGCUCAUUCCGGGAUGUAGCACGGCCGGCUCCUCGUUGGAAUGGUGCACAGACGAGGACCGUGAAAGGAUCCUCGAGGUAGGUUUCGAGUGGGACGAGUUCGGUGACGGGUUCCGAUGGGACGACGUCGUGGCCGGCCUUACCCUCUACAAGACCUUGUAUGGGGAGCUCCCUGAUGACGACUUCCAGGUGCCUGUUGACUACGAGUGGCCCAUCGAGCUAUCGGGGAUGCAGCUCGGGAGUAUCUGCAAGCAGAUGCGCAUCGGGGACAUCUGGGCCAAGCACGACCCUAAGCGCAAGAAGGUCUUGAAGCAGCUCGGCUUCGACUGGGGGGACGACGAAUUGUAUCUAUACUUCCAGUGGCCGGAGGUCCUCAUCUCCUUUUACUCAGUAAUUAAAUUGAAGGGGCACCUGGACGUCUCGCCCCAGUACGUGAUCCCUCAUGAAGACCCCUGGCCGCUUCCACUCCACGGAACCCCCGUGGGCCUGUACCUCAAUAUCAUCCGUGCCCAAAAGGACUUGCUGAUGGAGCAUUAUCCCGAAAGGUUUGAGAUCCUCCGCAGCAUGGGCAUCAUGUGGAACGAGCCCCUUCUGGUGGACUGGAGGGAGGAAGAGGAACAUCUGGUCUACCCGUGGCGAGACUGGGGGGUGGUCAAGAGGGGGCCGGAAGACGACGAUGAAGUUGAGAUCGCCAUUGACCCGGAGUUCGGGUUAGAUGGGUCCUCGGCGUUGAUGUAGUAGCUAGCGCCCCAACCGUUAGGUUCGAUGUGUAUGUGCGACCAUUGGUGGAGAUGUGGGGUGGUCGGGAAGAAGGUCGUCGGAGAUGCUGUACUUGCCUCGAUAAGUUUCUCCGGAGAUCAGCUGAUGACGAGCAAAAAUGUCCCUCAGGUCGGGCGGGUGUUGCUCCAGUAUUGACGGGGGGGUCCGGUAUUACUCUGGGAUGGGAUGGAGAAAGCUUGUCAAAACCCGUUACUGCGGGCUCGGGUGUAGCGAGUGCGGCGAUUUUGGCCGGUAGUUUGAUGACGGCCUUCGUAGGUCCUGGGUUCGGCGAGGUUAAAUUUUCGUAGAUACGCAUUUCUUGCGACGGGAAGCAGCGUGUGGCAGGUCCGAAUUGCGGAUCGAAGGCCGGGUACGAAAAGAGGGGUCGAUAAAUCGGCAUGGAUCGCGGGUUAAUUUGUAGCGCAGAAGCAAGCGCGGGCUGGAAUGUUGCUGUUUGUUUUUCGGGUGGGGAUGUUUUGCGAGGUGUUGGUUCAGAUGGUGGCGACGCAAAGACGAAGCGAGUGUGAUGUACCGUUUAUUCCGGUGUUGGAGGUUUGGUG